GCCGAACUUAGAACUCCAGCUCGUCACUCUCCAUUACGUCUCUCCGUCUGUCUGUUGAAGCAACGCACAUUUAGAAAUGGCUCUUCGAGUAACCAGAAACCGCUUGGCUUCUACCAGGACUGACCUCGGUGGAAAGGCCUGCUCGGUGACCGGACCUUCACUGAAGCCUCGAGCAGCGCUGGGCGAAAUCGGAAACAUCGCAGUUAACAAAGACCCGCAGAAAAAGACUGUGAAGACAGAGGCCACAAAGAAGCCCAAAAUCACCACCACCAAAGUUGAAAAAGCAGUAGUUGAGAAGCCAAAACCAAAUGUUGUUCCUGUUAAGCCUGAGCCCGAGGUGCAGGUUCUUCCUGAACCAGCAUCCCCCACUCCAAUGGAGACUUCAGGCUGUGAGCCUGCUGACCUCUGUCAAGCAUUUUCAGAUGUCAUUCUUCACAAUGCUAUCAGAGAUGUGGAUGCAGAUGACUACGAGAACCCCAUGCUCUGCAGUGAAUAUGUGAAGGACAUCUACAAGUACCUCCGGCAGCUUGAGGUCGAGCAGAAUGUCAAACCCACUUAUCUGCAGGGGCAGGAGGUGACUGGUAACAUGAGGGCUAUUCUCGUUGACUGGCUGGUACAAGUGAACCUGAAGUUCCGUUUGCUCCAGGAAACGAUGUACAUGACCGUGGGAAUCAUUGACCGCUUUCUUCAGGACCACCCAGUCCCCAAGAAGCAGCUGCAGCUCGUCGGUGUGACUGCCAUGUUCCUUGCUUCCAAAUACGAAGAGAUGUAUCCCCCAGAGAUCUCGGACUUUGCCUAUGUGACGGACCGGGCCUACACCACCGCCCAGAUCAGAGACAUGGAGAUGACCAUCCUCCGGGUGCUCAAGUUCCAACUAGGCCGCCCUCUUCCCCUGCAGUUCCUCAGAAGGGCCUCAAAGAUUUACGAGGUGACUGCUGAGCAACACACCUUGGCAAAAUACCUCCUGGAGCUCACCAUGGUUGACUAUGAGAUGGUUCAUUUCCCACCUUCCAUGGUGGCAAGUGCUGCUCUGGCUCUUACCCUCAAGAUCUUAGAUGCUGGUGAAUGGGAUGUGACGCUGCAGCACUACAUGGACUACACAGCAGAGAGUUUGAUUCCUGUGAUGGCACACAUUGCCAAGAAUGUUAUGAAAGUGAACGAGGGGCUGACCAAACACACGGCCAUUAAAGGAAAGUACUCCACUUCAAAGCAGAUGAGGAUUGCCUCUAUCCCACAGCUCAAGUCUUCAGUGGUGAAGGAUCUUGCAAAGCAAGUCACCCAGUGAGGACUAAAUGUUAGCACCAUGUGCUGAUUGUACAGUUGUAACUUAAAACUUAUUGUGACUGAAGGAUCAGCACGCAAGGACCAUGUUGGUGGUUUGCAUGUUUAACCAACUGAAAUUUUGUACAUUUCCUGACCCUCUCCAGAGCAUGCUCCAAGUUUUCAGACACUUACUCCACAAGAUUCAGUCAGCUACAACUACUGUAAUGCAACCUAAUUCACCAUUUUCACUGAUUACAUGAUCAUUAAUGCACUAAUUAGCCAACUGAAGUUUUGACUGUAGAGUAUCUGAACACAUUUGAAUGUUGCCUCAGUGCAACUUCAUCAAAUCACAAAGUCUUGCAAGCUUGCUGCAUGCUUUAAAAUGGUGAGCAAUGUAAAGGGUCCAGUAAACAGGUGUGUCCCCCCUUUUUUUAAAAAUGAUUUCCUGGUGUGAAUGUGUGUACAGCAAUUCUUUUAAACUGUUUUUACAUUCUUAAAUGUCUUGUUCUUAAGUGUCUAUUAAAUGGUUCUGACCAGAAA